GGGGCCUCACUGACAGCCUACUGCCUACUCUGCGAGUACUUCCCCACGGCACAACGCGCCUUUGCUGGCAACGCCAUCUACUUUGCCUGGUCCGUGGGUCUGAUGUCCCUGCCAGGCUUGGCCUAUGUCGUUCAGGAUUGGAGGAUGCUACAUCUCAUCAUUUCCGUGCCAAUGCUGCUCUCUCUGGCCAUGUACUGGACGAUGCCGGAGUCUCUACACUGGCUCAUCACUCACGAUCGCGCGGGUGAGGCUGAAGCCAUCCUGGAGACUGCGCGGCGCGUGAACGGGGCGACACUUCCCCCGCACUCACUCACUCUCAUUCCGUCCUCCGCCCCCUCCUCCCCCUGCUGCCGCAUCGACGGAGGAGGCAGUGGCGAGAAGCGUGAGAGGAAAAAGACGUUCCUCGACGUUCUGCGGACGCCGAACCUCCGUGUGCACGCUCUUCUCUGCUGCGCGCUGUGGGCGAUAAAUGGCAUGGUCUACUACGGGCUGUCGCUCGGCACACACGUGCUCGCUGGUAACAAGCACCUUAACUUCUUCUGGUCAGCCGUCGUCGAGGUUCCAGCCUACGUCGCCUGCAUCGUCCUGCUCAAGCGGUUUGGCCGUAAGAAGCCGUCGUGCGCAUUCUACGUCAUCGCCGGUCUCCCGCUCAUCCUCGUCCCGUUCCUGCCGAAAAGCACGGCCAGUGGCACAGACCUCUCUAACCUCGUUACUCUCCUGACGAUGAUCGGAAAGUUUGGUGUCACUGCUUCGUUCAGCGCCAUCUAUCUGGUGGCAUCAGAGUUGUAUCCCACCGUUGUGAGGAACAGUGGGCUCGGCAUGUCGUGUCUGAGUGCACGCAUAGGAGCCGUUCUUGCUCCCUACACCAUCAAUCUGAGAGACAUCCACCCGGCAUUCCAGAACCUGCUGUUUGCCGUCGUCGCCGCUGCUGGAGCCCUGAUGGUCAUGGUGCUGCCGGAGACAGCUCGCCGACUCCUUCCCGAGACACUCAGCGACUGCGAAGGUGACCUUGACCCGCCGUCGGACGACCUUGACACGAGCGCGAAGGACGUGACCUCGGCGCAGGCGCGCCUCGUGUGCGACGCAGCGACGCGGAACGGCGUGCCACCAGGGGGCGUUGAUGGUGUGACGGUGAAGGGAAAGAACGGCGUCGCAGUUGCCAGCCAGCGUGAGGAAUGCAGCGUGUGAGCGGAGGUUGCCGGGAACGUUUUUGGUGGCGCCGCGCAUGAUGAUUUUUGAAGCGACUUUCUAAGGUUAUUUUCGCGCGAGUUUUCGUCGCGGUGAUGCAUUCCAUCCCUGAGCGAAACGGAAGUGAAACAGGAGCUACAGGAGGGAAACGCAACAGGGCAUUGUGUGUAAAUAUGUGUGACUCACCUACAUGAAUCUCUGACGUGGUUGGUUCAUUAAGAGAGUGAGAGCUGCCACUGUGCGGCUAGAUGUAGCAUGUGAUAAAAGCACAUGCCAUAGGACUCAUGUCGGUAUUUAUGGCAGUUUCCCUAACGCGUGAUUGAAAGUGCUCUAAAGGGGGACUUAUGUCGGGCUUGCGAGCCGACUCGACUGGAAGCAACUGGAUUUCGAGCAACUGGAA